AUGGAGGAAAAUAUAGCUACUGAAGGCCAAACUUCAAAAGAAGAAGAAGAUCUACUACGUAGGAGUAAUAAGAGAAAUAAAGAUGGAGAUAGGGUGUUUACUGAAUCACAGUCUAGGGUUCCUAGACAUGAAUCUUGGAUGGUUGACGACGGUAAUAAAAAGAUGACUUGGCGAGAGAUGCUCAUGCAACACAAUGGUGAAACAGAUGACUGGGAAGGAAUGGAUUGGAGUUUGGAAGAAAAUGUUGAUCAAAGUGCACCUGCGGAGGAAGAGGAUGUGAAUUAUGGUGGGAUUAAAAUGUGGACAGAGGAAGAUGGUAGAACUCAUUUUGGUUGUACUAGAAAAGCAAGAACAAGAAUGCUGAAGGUUUGGGAAAAAGCUCUCAUUGUAAAACUACUUGGAAGGAAUACAGGAGUGGCUUUCAUGAAAAAGAAGAUUGAAAUACUAUGGGCUAGAGCUGGAAAGAUUAACGUUACAGAUGUAGGUAAUGGAUUCUAUGUGGUGCAAUUUAGCAACAAAGAUGAUCUUCUUUUUGCUCUAAAUGGUGGUCCUUGGAUUAUUUUUGGCCAUUAUUUAUCACUCCGACGUUGGGAGCCAGCUUUUAGACCAAAUGCUGCAAGUGUGAUGAAGAUUGCAGCUUGGGUGCGAUUACCGGGUAUCCCACUGGAGUAUUAUGAUGAAGCCUUUUUCCGCCGUAUUGGUAACUGGCUAGGUAAAAUGUUGAAGAUCGAUAAGACAACUAAUGAGCAUGUAAGAGGACAGUUUGCUCGAAUUUGCGUGCAACUGGAUCUUGCUCAGCCUUUGAAGGGUUAA